CAGGGUUUGGGUAUAGCGGUGGACUUGCUUAGAGGAUCAGGAAGUCAAAGCUGUUAAACAUAGCCAGUAGCAGCCUAAUCAUCGUUUCUCUCUGAAAAAUCAAAGAGGGAAACGAAACCAUGAAACUCUCUUUCUCUCUGCCACCCAAAUCCUCUUCGAAAUCAAACCCUAAACGCAAACCGUCAACCACCGCCACCACCUUCGACGACGGCAAUGGCAACCCAAACGACGCCGCUUCGAAACACUUUGUCAACGAAUUCGACGCCUCCAAAACCGUAUCCACCGACCCCAAAACCCGCGUAAUCGCUCCGAUCCCGAACGAGUGGCGGCCCCACAAGAAGAUGAAGAAUCUCGAGCUUCCAAUCACCGAGCCCGGAGGCCAAGAACUUAAGUUCGAGGUCGAGACGCUAUCGGUCACCGACGACCCCGAUGCGAAGAUUUCAUACGGUCUCAAUGUGCGGCAGAAAUUGGAUGCGGAAUCGGAGAAUCGGGACGGUGGUGAUGAACGGCCGAGAUUGAGAGGUGGGGAGGACACUCUGCUUCAGAAAUUUAAAGACGACUUGGAGCGCUUGUCGGAUCACAGGGGCUUGGAGGAGUUUGAUGAGAUGCCGGUAGAGGGUUACGGCGAGGCGUUGCUUUCUGGGUACGGGUGGUACCCGGGUAGAGGGAUUGGAAAGAAUGCUAAGGAAGAUGCGAAGGUUGUGGAGUAUACAAGGAGUACUGAUAGGCACGGGUUAGGGUUUCAUAUGAAUCCGAAGGAGAAAGAUAAAAAGCAAGAGAAAGAGAGAAAGAAAGAUGGGGAUUUGGGUAAGGAGGUGAGGAUUGUUUCGGGUAGAGCCUAUGUGGGUUUGAGGGGUAGGAUUGUUGAGAAAUUGGGCAAUGGAAAACUGGUAUUGAAGCUCUCGAGCAGGGGCGAAGAGCAAGAGCAAGAGGUAGUGAAAGUGAAUGUGGAUCAAGUUGCUGAAUUGGGUUCGAAAGAAGAAGAGAAGUGCUUGAAGAGAUUGAAGGAGGCCCAAAGGAAAGUGGGUAGUGAUAGUAAGCCAAGACGAGAAGAGCAGAGGGGUUAUUCAACGUGGCUUGCCCGUCACAUUCGAGUUAGGGUUAUAAGCAAGGACUUGAAAGGUGGGAAAUUUUAUUUGAAAAAAGGGGAGGUGAUGGAUGUGGUUGGACCCAAAACUUGUGAUAUAUCUAUGGAUGGGAGUAGGGAGCUUGUGCAGGGGGUGUCCCAGGAUUUUCUUGAGACUGCGCUGCCAAGACGGGGCGGAUCCGUUCUUGUGUUGUCUGGAAAGCACAAGGGGGUCUUUGGCAAUCUUGUUGAGAAGGAUUCAGACCGAGAAACUGGUGUUGUCAGAGAUGCUGAUACCCAUGAAUUGCUCAAUGUGAGUCUUGAGCAGAUUGCUGAGUUUACUGGGGAUCCCAGCGACCUAGGAUAUUGAUUCAUAGAGGUAUUUCAACUUAUCAAAUUGCAGGGUGUAUAUACAUAUGAUAUGGAGACACCAUCCAUCCAGGUUGAUACCUUCUGUGUCAAUGGGGGUCCUGACGGGAUAUACUAGUGGCAUAAGGGGAAAGGUUGAAUGCCUUUCAGAGGAUUUGGGGAAAAAAUGAGACAGAGCUAGUAAAGCAGGAGAUGAUCAAGGAGAAGUGUUACCAUUUAUUCCUAAGGAGCCAUAUGAUGUGAUUGCAUGUGAUUGCAAGAGUUACCAUUUCUACAGAUUUGCUCGAGAAUUCCUUAUUCUGGUCCUGAAAACACAGAGAGGUACAAAUCUUACUUGGUGGAAUUUGGACAUGUGGUCCAAACAGAAUCAUUGGCACCAUAUAAGGUUGGAUAGUCGGCUAUCUGCAAUGAUGCUAAUGUUCAGAAUGUGGAAGGCUUGACAAAUGAAUUUUCUGCUCUAGAACUGAGACUUGGAGUAUAACACCUUGCUAGUUUCUUUGCAGAAGAAGCUAUUAUUGAGCUUGUUCCAUAGCGUGUUAAUUAUGUGCAAUUUAAACCAACCCCUUUGUUCUAAUCUCAACAAUUUAGCCCAGAGAGUUCAAAUUGGACUGCUCCUUGUGUUUAUUAUAUUGAUCCAUAAUAUGUGCGAUGCAUGGAGAAUUUUUCAGUUCCUAUAUGAUUGCUAUUGAUAGAGUUGCGGAAUCUGAGUUGGAGAGACCGGAUUGGCUCCUCCCUUUUUGCACAAAA